CGCCUCCGCCUCCAAAGAAAGUGAAGAGUUGCUUGCCGAGAUUGAUUGUGUACACCGGAUACGAGGAGUACUCUACGAAAAAGAUGUCUAAAGUGGACCAGGACCCGAACGCCUCGCUGAGCAUCAUGGAGCAAAUCAAGCAGCUCAUCCGCCCGCCGCCCAACGAGGACGAGAAGCUGGUCCAGCGGAGCACCAACACGAAGCAUCCGUACUACAGGCGGCCGGGCAGAGGCCACAAUCACGACUACUGCGACGCCUGCGAGGAGGGGGGCAAUCUGCUGUGCUGCGACCGCUGCCCCUCCAGCUUCCACCUGCAGUGCCAUGAUCCCCCCCUGAGCGAGGAGGACAUCCCCAGUGGCCAGUGGCUGUGCCACAGCUGCCGCAUGGCCAAGGUCUCCCAGCCGCCGGCCUCCUCCUCCUCCAAGGCGAGCUCCGUGGAGCGCGUGGAUCGGGUUCCCUCUGCGGGCAGCGGUUCCCGCGGCAAUACGCCCUCCUCCUCCGGCGAUCUGGAGUCCAUACCGCUGAAGAUCCGCAACUUGCGCAAGCGCAGCAACAGCGAGCGCAACAGCACCGAGAAGCUGCUGGCCAAGAUGCCGCUGGCCAUACAGCGUGCCCUGGAUCCGAACAAGAAGCCCACGCCGCUGGACGAUGUCAUUAGGGCGGCCAGCAUGCUCAAUCCGCAGCAGUUCUCGCUGCCGCCGGAGCUGGAGCUGCACACCCAGUUCCCGGGCAAUGGCAAGGUGCAGCCCGUCCAGCAGUCGCAGCCGUCAAGUGGCGGGGGAGGCACUGGAAAUGGCGGUGGAAUUCGCAAAUGCGCUGGCAAUCAGCGACGCAACUCGAAGCCCUUCGAACUGGACGCCCAGGGACUGGUGCCGCUGCCCGCCAAGACCUGUUUCUACUGCACGCGCAGCUGCAAGCGGGCGCCGCUCAUCUCGUGCGACUACUGCCCGCUGUACUACCACCAGGACUGCCUGGAUCCGCCGCUAACAGCGCUGCCGGCGGGCCUCUGGAUGUGCCCCAAUCAUGCCGAGAACUUUAUAGACGCCAACAUGACCAGCAGCAUUUCGGCCACGGAGCGCGUGCGCCUGUGGAACCGCUUCCACCAGCCGCUGGACCACGAGAACGUCAAGCUGGAGUUCUUCCGGCGGGUCAACACCCGCCAUCCGCCCUUCCGCACCAGGAUUGCCCUGCGUCCGCGUGCCCACAUCGAGGUGCCGGCCACGGUGCGCCACCACUACGAGCAUCCGCCCGCUCUGCUGCCCUCGAUGCGCCAGACGCUGCGCUACGAUCGCGUGAAGCGGCGCAAGAAUCUGCCCACCGCCGUGGAGGAGAUAUCCCGCGAGUCGGUCACCGAAUCGCUGCUCAAGGAUCUCGAGGCUCUGCGCUCGGCCCGCGCCAAGUUCCGCGAGAUCCAGCGGGAGUACGGCAGCCUGGAGACGGCCGUCGAGGGCGACAGCGAUAGCGAUGAGUGCGAGAGUCUGAAGGUCCGCGAAAGCGACCAGGUGAAUGGCCAGUUGGAAACGGAAACGGAGGAGCAGCAGCCGUCGGUGGUGAAGGUGGAAUCCAAGGCCACUUUGGAGCUAGAGAUGAGCUUCGAGGAGGACGAGGAGGACGGCGGCAAGGCGGGCAUCAUCGAUGCGGACCUCUUUCACCUCGAUGUGGACAUAAUCAAGAAGCUGGCGCACCAGCGACUGCAGCAGCUGGUCGCCGAGCAUCCGGAGAUAGUGAGGCAGUACAAGAAUCGCACGGCUGCCCGGCGAUUGCGUCAGUUGGCUGCUGCUCCAACUACCCAAUCAACUGCCCUGCAGGAUCAUCUUUCGCCGGAGGACAUGAGCCGCUUCUCGCUGCUCUUCACCAGCGAAACGUCCUCGAUAUUGGCGCAAAAGAACGGCAAUGCCGCCGACGAGGAUCCCGCCAUGGCCCUGCAUCCCGCUUUGGCCACCGCGGCGGCCAUUGCAGCCGCAGAUGCAGCUGCCGAAAGCUAUGUGCCGCGCACGCGCAGCGAUACGGAGAAGGCCUACGAGCUGGCCUCGCGCCUGGAGCUCAAGCUGCUCCAGUGCAAAGUGCAGGCAAGGGCUGUCAUCACCCCGCUGGGCGAUUUGCUCGAGGACAGCCGUUGGUUUAGUUCCCUAAGCCUCGACCAUUCGAUCUUCAUGCGCUACCGCUCGCUGUACAUCGGCUACGGCGGCCACUACUCCCCGUCGACGACGCUGAGUCAAAUGGAGACUGUGGACCUCUCGGCCAUCGGCUACUGCUGCCGCAUCUCGCCGCAGCACGCCAUCGUCUUCUACGACGAGUUCUCCAAGUCCUACGAGCUGAUCAACUACUCGGAGUUCGGCACCGAGGUGAACGGGCAGCUCUACGCCUGCGACCUGGCCGACAGGAUGCCCACGCACGCGGGCAAAAGGAUGCGGCCCGACGACGCCGAGCUGAAGAGGCGCGUCGACGAUCUGCUGGACAAAAGGCGGCACAUCCAGCGGCAGUUCGAGCAGAAGCGGCCGGGCAAGGAGCGACUGGCUCCCAUUGUGAAGCCCGCCUGCCGCUGCACGAACGGCGCACCCGUGCCCAUGGUGGCCGGCGCCUGGGAGGGAUCGGCGGUGCUGGCCCACGGCAGCCUGCUGCGCUUCGGCUGCCUGUCGUUUGUGUUCUCGGUGCCGUCGGCGGAUCGGCGAUCGUAGAGGAGAUCCCUCCUCCUCCUCCUCCCUGGAAGUUAGUUUAAGGCAGCUAGCAGCUUAGGAUUAAGAUUAAGUUGAAGCAUCAUCAUUGCCGCACUCACAUAAAUCCUCCCAUUAAUUGUACUUCUAAUUGUAUAAAUAAAGUGAAAUAAAAUUGUAAGAAUUAA